AAGGUCGCGGUCUCAAAAAAAAGUACAAUUUAUUUUUACCUGAUCAACUUUUUUGUUUUGCUUUUUCACUUUUAUGACAGAAACUCUCACUCAUUUUACACCUCACUUUGAUUCUACGAUAUAUAAUUCUCAAUAAAUCAGCGAGAGCUCCGAAAUGAUUGGAAGGGAUUAUUGUGCAAACAGAAGUCCUCCAAAACCCAAUGACUGACCACAGGCCGACUGACCUGGUACAUGGUCAUUUUGGUGAAUUUUCUUACGACAUUAAUGAAGAGCAGUGGCUGUUUUCACAAGAUCUGAAUAGAGGUAGGAAUGAUUUUUGACUGUACUCUUGAAUCCAUCCUUACCGUUUUCUCAGUUCAUCGAUUUCAACAACUUCUUCCAUUUGCGCAAUGCAUUCCUCCCUCGAUUCGAGAUAUACCUAGAAAUGGUAAAUUGAUAGCUCGGACCCAACAAAGAUGGCUCACGAAAAAGCGACCCGAAACGUUUCCGGGAGGAACCCUUACCGCAAACUUCUUCAAAAAUACUCCCGAUGCGACAUUGAAUCGUCUCAAGACUAGUACACUGAUGGCAAUCGGAGGUGCUGCGGAUUACGAUCAUACCUCUGGUACCAAAACUGCACUGAUAGUAGCGAUUCCAUGUGGUGAAGCUGGCCAUGUCCUGAAAUUAGUCAAACCUCGCCCCGAAAGGCUUGGAUGGGAGUCUCAGAAUGGAGUUCGAUUAUCAAUGGGUUCUGCCAAUGUGGAUCAAGGGCAUUGGUUCGGCACCGGUGGGACUAUUUUGCAGAUUGCGUCUGUCGAUGGUGGAAACGAGCUUAGUACCUGGUUCGCAGUUAGGCAGGCGGCCAUGAUUACAAUUUUCAGACCCAUAUUUCGAAAAGCUCCCAAGCCUUUCAUAGCCCCCGCCGGACACAUUGCGACCUAUCCUCCGUCUUGUCUGGACGCCAACCCUGUCGCAACUUUAACAAGCCAAGAAUCUGGAUCAAAGGAACAUGUGGAUGUUAGUUUUAACCCCUGGUACGCUAGACAAUUUGCGGUCGUGGACCGCGCAGGUCAAUGGAGCAGUUGGGAUAUUGAAGGUCGACAGAAGAAACGUUCCGCUUUCAAUAUUGUACCGGCGAAGAUGGGCCAGAUUUAUGACGACUUCGGCGAAAAUCCUGCUAUUCCAGCGUGCAAGUUACCUGGAGAUGUUUGCGAGUGGCACCGAGUCCUCUGGGCAGGUAGCGUAAGCACUAUGAUAGUCGCGAAUAGGAGACAUCUUGCAAUUUUUGAUACAAAAUCUAAGCCAAUACGGCUACCUUCUCACUCAUUUAAUACUUCGCUACUAAAAGACUGGAUAUUGGAUAUUAAGCGUAGCACUGUUGAUCUUUCACAUUUGUUUGUUUUAACUACGACUCGGAUUUUUUGGCUGAAGGUGACACCGACUGGCGAGGAUGGUCCGAACGUGGAGUCUGGAGUCAAAGUUAUUCUCUCGCAUCAACAUUACAGAACUGCAACCGAUGAUUCAAUGAAGUUGACAAUGUCUAAGGAGGAGAAUGGAACAGACUUGACAGUAUUCAUCUCAUCCAGCGAAAACUCAAGAUUGAAUACAUACACCUUUUUUAUGGAUGGGAAAAUCGCGAGGACUUUCCAGGGAACAUUCAGACUUUCCCCUGUGAUAAGCGAGGAAAAAGAACUUAGAGGAGAAAGUCUUUCUAUAUGUUCUGCGCCUUAUCUGAUGCCAAAAGACUCGGCUGAGGGUACGGGAUUAGAAUAUAUGGAAGCAGGAGUGAAAUUUUACCAAGCAUGGAUGCUCACGACAAACCUCGAGCUAGUCUCUUGUCUAUGGGCAUCCGAACUUCUCAGCUCACAACAGAAGUGGACUUCACAGCCCAGUCUAGUUGCACCAACAAACAGGGUCAUGGAUAACUCUAUCCGCCUGACAGCUAGACGACUUGCAGAUGAUUUCAUCGUUUCUGAUGAGGAUGAUGAAGAUGCUUUUGUAGACCAGAUGAGCUCUUUAACAACCCCAAAUGACAGGUCUUCGAUAGACAUCAACAAAGCUUCUAAGGAUCUGCUUCUCAGGAUAAAUAUGAAGCCCGUGUUCGAGCGAAUAUUCAAUAAGACGACGUCGAAUGAUUCGGAAACUGAUAUGGAGAUGGCAUUUCGUGAUAUAUCAAUUCAGAUGCAAAACGACAAGCAAAUGGAUAGAAUGUCGUUGAAAACUUGUCUUGAGCUAUCGAAUAAUGCAUCACCUUCAGGUGAUCUCGAUGAGGCAGCCAAGACUGUAACCGAAUUUCUGGAUUUCAUGAACACACUCGAUGAGGAUGAAGAGGAUGCAUCAUCAAAAUUCCACCUUUCGAAAUUGAUAUCUUGUCCAGGCGUGUUUUCUGACGAUCUUUCAUCUGACACUAUCUUUCCUGAUUUACUGCAAAUAUAUGAUGAACUCAUCAAUGUUUGGGUGACAAACCUUCCUCGCAAGACUCCUGGGCCAGUUCGGUUGGCAAAAGCGAGACUUAUCCGAAAAAUUGCUAUGGAACUAUGGUUGAGUUCGGUUGGUAUUUCGCUACGUAACAAGCUCCUUGAGCCAAGACCUCCACCAAUCGUUGAAGAUGGAACAUCAUUGCAGAUGCUUAAGGACAUUGAUGAAGUCUCGAGGGCAAGUUCGCCUCCAUUCUUUAGUUCACAGAACCAUUCCAGAACAGUGGAGAAUCCUCAGUUUAGCCUACCCACUCCCGCUCCUUCAGUCAUAUCAGCCGCCACAGUCAUUGAGGACCCUACCAUUGCCCGACUUCGCCAAUACGCGGUUAGGCUCGAGCCAAAAAACGAAUUCGGUCCAGCAAAAACUUCAUUGACUUCCCAAUGGCCAUCUGUCCCAGGUGCAGAUCCGGCCAAAUAUUCUUGGGAGGCCGUUCAGAGAGCUGCAGCUGCAGAAGAGAGUGGCGACGAUGAUUACCGUAGCCGACGAGAAAAUGCCCGGCGCAAACGGCGAGCAGAAAGAUUCUUGAGCCGAGAGCGUGCCAAUGCAGCUGCAUCUUCAUCUCAAGGUCUUGCCCAACCUUUUGGCAGUCAACCAGCGAUGUACAACACUUAUAGUUCGCAACCUGUUAAUGAACUACCAAUGACACAACCAAGUGAAGGUACUUUUGGUAGCAGAGUUGCUGCUCCUGCUACUCCUGGAAAGAGGAAAUUGAAAAGACGCAGGGCUGCAGGGUUUUAGAGAUAGAGAGAUUGGCUGCAUGUUUUGGUUAUCGAAGUCACCCUUUUUUAUUGGGCUUGUGUUUGGCGUAAGCAUUGUUCGAUCUGUAAUGUGAUGUUUGGCAGCAGUUUUAGAGACCUAUUAUGUAUUGAGUGUAUGAUAAUGUAAAGUAGCUUAUGUCAAGGUUACCCGUACUCCAUAUAUCAAAUGCGAUUAUCCAGGCCUGGUUUAACGCCAUAAGAGCAAUGUAAUCAAUUCAUGGCGGCUAUAUGUUGCCAUCCGUCGAUGGAAUUUUUCCAGGAAACAUCGGCCAGUUGAAUU